AUGGAUUUCUGCUAUAAUAGACUGAUGGGAAACGGCACAGUUGCCAGUAAAUUCAAGUUGACUAACAAGGUGCAGUCAAACCAGUCGAAUCUCAGAACACCCAUUGCCCCAAAGAGAAGUUUCGAGGAAGAUGAGAGCACCACAGUUUUUGAAACCACUACUUCCACCACCACCACCAACACCAACACCACCACCACCACCUCCUCCUCCUCCACCGAAAGCAACGACAGAGAGACCGAACCCACACAAGAAAAUGCAGAAAAUUCCUCAACUCAUCAUCCCAGCAAUUGUAACCGUUGCUACAGAUUGAAGAAAAAGUGUACUAGGGCAAUUCCCAAGUGUUCACAUUGUGAAAGGACCGGAUCACAAUGUGAAUAUGUAGAUAGGACCAAGAAAAGAAAGAAAUCGCUGGAUGGUGUAAUACAGCUGGCCAAAUCGGAUGGUCAGCUUAUCCACAUUGCCAGCGCCGAUGCAACGCAGAAUGAGGUGGAUGCUCAUAAGUUAAUAUCCGUAUCGUCAUUACUCAUUGCCGAUCAAAGUGAUGAUCAAGCCAAAAAUAGGGAGAAGCUGAAACACAAAAAGAUUGCCACUGCUGCUUUAGCUUCGUCAGCGCGUAGGGCUUUGGAAAAAGAGAAGGAGAGUAUGGACAAAAUCAACUACAAAACUACUCAAGUAGCGACGCAAUCCAACAUUCAAGAGGAGUUUAUUACCAUGAAGGAGAUCAAAGAUGACAGUUUACCCUUGGCGUUUGCUCUCAACUAUUUCAACAAUUUUGGUCACAAGUACCCGUUCAUCAAUAAGGAUUUGUUCUUACAGAAGUUGAAGAAAAUUGAUUUCUCCAAGGACUCCAUUGUGAAUUUGGAUAUUUACUUGCUUUUGAGUAUUGGGUGUAUUUUGUAUGAUGCAAAGACGCAAACAUCUCAUUACUCGGCUUACUUCAAAACAAAAAGCAUUUACAGUAUUAUAGAUGUUUUGGACUUGUCGUUCAGAAAGUACAACCAGGACAAUAUCCAUCUUUUGCUAUUAUUGUCAAUUUAUGGUCUAACAUCAUUGAACAACGAGAUGGUGUGGAACUUGAUUGGGUUGCUAAACAGAGCAGUUUUGAAAUUCGAUUUGUUCAAAAAGCUUGACGAUGUACUGAUUGAGCGAGUAUUUUGGUCCAUACACAAUUUAGACAAGGAGAUCAGUGUUGUUGCUAAUAAACCGUCGCAGUUUCCCCGGUACGCUUAUAUUGAAGAAAAGGACAUUGACACUGCACUUUAUGAGGAUGAGAACUUAUCGCUUGUCAACUAUUAUAUCGCUCUCGGUAAGAUUCAGGACUCGUUAGCGGAUGCUGUUUUGUCACAUUCGAGUGAAAAUCUCACCUCCAUAUCCAGUAGCAUAGGGAGCUGGGUUUCAACCUUUACCAAAGACAUAAGUCUAAAAUACGUAUCGCAACCAAGUUUGCAAGAACUUAUACCGUGGAUCAAUAUUCAAAGUUAUUACAUGCAAACAGUGAUGGACCAAGUGUCUACCACCAAGAGCUUUCAGUUUCCAUCAAAUUUUAUAUUUCACUCCUUCACAUCAUUGAUAUCUGCAUCGGACAAGUCACUAGGGUCGAAUGACAAGCUUAAUACUAAGGUUGCCAUUGUGGCAUCUGGCAUCUGGUAUGCACAACUAUUUGAUGUUAUAAGAUACAGCACUGACUCCUUGAUCCAUUUUCUAAAAGCAAGAGAUCCAGAACUAUCUUAUAAAAUAAGAGAAUUUAAUGAAUUUCUACAGCAGGAUUUGAAUUUGUUAAAGUAUAUAAGAGGGUUCCAGUCUUUACUUCACUUGGAGGGCUAUCAAAAAUUGUCUACUAAAGUGAAUGAAACGAUUGAGAUUUUGGAAAACUUGGGUAUAGUUUUGCUUGGGUUUGAUGAAGAAGGGGAUAACUCAGGUGUGCUUGGGAUUCUUGAAAACGUGAAACGCAAGGUGGGAAAUUCUUUUUAG